AUCCGGAUCCGGAGCGGCUGAAAGGCGGAAGUGGAGGCCGGAGCCUGGGACACCGCCGGGGGGGAGAGGAGCGGAAUCGGCCCGAGCCCCCGCCCCACAGAACGCCGCCGCCCCGGAGCCACGUUGGAGACCCUCUCCCCACCAAGUGCCUCUCUGCGCAGCACCGGCCCCGGCCCCCGUGCCACCUUCCCAGGGACCACGACAGCCAGCGGCACAGGCCAUGGCGGGUCGGGGAGGCACAGCUCGCCCCAACGGACCGGCCGCGGGGAACAAGAUCUGCCAGUUCAAGCUGGUCCUGCUGGGGGAGUCGGCGGUGGGCAAGUCCAGCCUCGUGCUCCGCUUCGUCAAGGGCCAGUUCCACGAGUACCAGGAGAGCACCAUUGGAGCGGCCUUCCUCACACAGACGGUCUGCUUGGAUGACACAACGGUCAAGUUUGAGAUCUGGGACACGGCCGGCCAGGAGCGGUACCACAGCCUGGCGCCCAUGUACUACCGGGGCGCGCAGGCGGCCAUCGUGGUCUACGACAUCACCAACACGGACACUUUCGCGCGGGCCAAGAACUGGGUGAAGGAGCUGCAGCGGCAGGCAAGCCCCAACAUUGUCAUCGCCCUGGCAGGGAACAAGGCCGACCUGGCCAGCAAGCGGGCCGUGGAGUUCCAGGAAGCACAAGCCUACGCCGAGGACAACAGCCUGCUGUUCAUGGAGACGUCAGCCAAGACCGCCAUGAACGUGAACGAGAUCUUCAUGGCCAUCGCCAAGAAGCUGCCCAAGAAUGAGCCCCAGAACGCAGCAGGUGCGCCGGGCCGGAACCGAGGCGUGGACCUGCAGGAGAGCAGCCCGGCCAGCCGGGGCCAGUGCUGCAGCAACUGAAGCCGCGGGGCCAGUGCUGCAGCAACUGAAGCCGCCAGACCCCGAGCACGACCACCGGACCACGCUGACCAGUCGCACUUACGCCGCCGCAGGCCGCGGGGCAGGAGGCUCGUGAUUUCUCCGUCUGACUCUGAUUCUGGGCUGGGGGAAUUGUUCCACCUGCACCUUCUGUACAAAUACUAAUUCAAUUUUAAGUCUUAAGUCACUUUUUUAAUAUAUACGGUCUGCUCUUCCCACCGCCCCUCCCACCGCCCCGCUGGGCCUCUGCAGGAACGGCCUGUGCUCCUGUCCCGCCUCCUCUGGGGACCGCGGGAGCAGCGACGCCUCGUGUCUUCCCGCCGGAGGGCAGACUCGGGCACCCACGUACUCACCUUGUGGGCGCACCUCGCCCCGCCCAGGACAGUGGGCCGCCCUGGGCCGAGGAAGGGCUCCGCUCCCUGCGCCGGCCAGCUCUGGGCGGGAGGGGACCACAGCAUUACCACAUGGCCCAGACGCCCCCUCGGCCACCCUGACCUCUGAGCCGUGUGCUGACCGGAUCACGAUGACGAGCAUGGGGGGUAGGGGCGCGGGAGGGGACCGAACCAACUUUUUCUGUGUUUUGUAUUGUACGUUUCUGCAACAUGUAACCAAUCAGUAUCUUGUCAAUACAGUCAGCGGUCGCUGGACCUCACC